AUGACGUCUAAAUAUUCUCGAACAGUCAGUACUGGUGAUUCGAGAGGUAGAGCUUAUUCAAUGACCAUCAACGGAUGUUUAUUGCAUAGAGUUGAAGGCGUGAUAGCUCAAGAAAAUGGUCAAGAGAAAGGUGUUCUUCAAAUCGAUGAAGAACAAAAUAAACUUGAGGACUACAUUAGGAAGAUUGGUGAGUUUCUCUCUCAACACAAUUGUUAUGCACAGUUAUACUCCGCUAGAGAAAUUGUUCAACAGGAAACAACAGAGAUGGGAUUAACCAGAGAAGAAACUACUGUUGAAUUUUCCAAUAUUGAAUUAACAGCACCAACAAGCUGA